AUGGACAGGAGUAAUUCAUGGACGCAAAAAAAUUACGAGGCUGAAUGUGCCAAAGGGGGAGAUUCAGUAUUUCGAGAUGAAGGCCCAGCACUUGAAGAAGAAGAGUCAGGACUGGUGGAUGCAGUUGGUGAAACUGAUGAGCGUAUCCUACGAAAACGACUUUGGAACGGAGAUAAAGAACCACGCAAAGACGGGCAAGUUCUAUACGGACGGGAAAGCAAUUACAUCAAACAUGUCAAAGAAGUCGCAAUUCUUAUGACCGAAAUUCAGAUAUCAUUCUACUUUUAUGCGAAAACAGUGCUUUCAAUCCGAAGCUAUGGAAAUACUUACAAGAACGCC